AUGGAUAGUAUAUUUGGCGGAUUUGGAGAUCUUGUUGUUCCUAGACCAAAAGAGCACCUCGGUCAAACAGACCUAUCCUUCAGUGGAAAAUUAUUGCCUGCGUUAAAAAUUUGUGAAGACGGUGGUGAGAGUGGUUGCGGCGGUAAGGUCUGGAUUGCUGGUGAACUAUUAUGCGAGUACAUACUCGAGAAAUCAGUCGAUCACCUUUUGAGUAAAACAGUCGACGGCAAAAAACGGUUUAAAAAAGUCUUGGAACUGGGUAGUGGUACAGGCUUAGUAGGAUUGUGCGUGGGGUUGCUAGAAAAAAACGUGUACCAUGAUGGUACUAAGGUAUACGUUACGGAUAUAGACAAACUAGUGCCCUUGUUGAAAAGAAAUAUAGAAUUGGACAAAGUCCAGUAUGAGGUUCUUGCUAGAGAACUUUGUUGGGGUGAACCGCUAUCAGCAGAUUUUUCACCUCAAGAAGGUGAUUUGCAAACUAACAACGUUGAUCUAGUUUUGGCCGCUGAUUGUGUGUAUCUCGAAAAAGCUUUCCCAUUGCUAGAGAAAACAUUACUUGAUCUCACCGACUGCGUAUCCCCACCUGUAAUCUUGAUGGCUUACAAGAAAAGAAGAAAAGCUGAUAAGCAUUUUUUCAACAAGAUUAAAAGAAAUUUUGACGUUCUUGAAAUUUCAAAUUUCAGUAAAUUUGACUAUUAUCUUAAGCAAAGAACCCACUUGUUCCAGCUUAUCAGAAAGUGA